UUUGGAGUUUCUCCUGUUACUCUUGCGGGUGUGACUGGAGCGCUCAUGACUCGGAUACACCCUCAAACUCAGCAUCCCUUCCAACAACCACAUAACUAUUUUACAUUUUUCCUCCCUACUUUUUUAGAACUUCUUCUUCCAUUUCUUAUUUUUAGCAAAGUGCGUCCUUUUUAUGCAGCACUAAAGUUACCUGCGCUGAAGGAGGUCUAGCUUAAAGAGCUGCGGAUGGAGCUUUGAAAUCUUAUUAUUGUUAUUAUUAUUCUUUUUAAUAACCUAUCAACACGCUAAGGAAACCGGGAAAGCCCACGGAUUCAAGGUGCCUUGGCGCAUAACGGGAGGUUUCGGGCAAAUGCCACUGCGAUGCUGUGGAUGUGACUUCAAACAGCAGCUUCACAACGGUAUAGUCCUGUAAACCACAAUGAAAGACGACUUUGCUGAUGAGGAGGAGGUGCAGUCCUUUGGUUAUAAAAGGUUUGGAAUUCAGGAGGGUACAGAGUGCACCAAGUGCAAAAAUGACUGGGCAUUAAGGGCAGCCAUCGCACUCCUCUAUGUGCUCUGUGCCCUGCUCACUAUAGCGGUGGCUGUCCUCGGAUACAAAGUGGUUGAGAAAAUGGACAACAUGACAGAGGGCAUGCAGAAUUAUGGAGGCAAGAUCAUUGCUGUGGAGACAGACUUAAAGAAACUAGAUGAUCAGGCUGGAGUGAUGUCAGUUAAUGCCACUAGUGAGAUAAAGACUUUCAAGUCAGAUCUGGAAGCGUUACAGAAUCAACUACAGCGCAUUGCAAACAGGGCAACAAGUAACAGCGACAGGCUGGAUGAACUUAGGAUAACAGGAGGUGAUACGGAAAGUGGACAUGUCUCACUGCAGAGUUUUAUGGAAAACAAUGAUGCUUCACUGCGUGGCAUCAAGCAGACCUUGACCUCUUACAGUGGAAUGAUUGACAGCCUUGAGGCGGACACUGCACGGCUCCAGUCUGAGAUACAGAGCCAGGUCAAAGUAGAGAGCCAGACUCAGGUUGAUGUCAGUGCGCUGAACAUCACGCAGGCCCAGCAGCGCAAUCUCCUCAGCACACUACAGAAGACAAUUGAAAAUGCAGGACAGGAAGUUCAGAAACUGAAAAAUGACUAUCAGAUUCUGCAGCAAACAGCCAGACAAACACGGGCUGACACAGAGUGGCUGAAGGAAAAAGUUCAGAACCUUCAGGUUUUGGCAGCCAACAACUCCGCCUUGGCCAGAAACAAUGAAGAAGCUCUAAAUGACUUGGGAGCUCAGCUCAGCACUUUAGCCAGCCAAAUCCAGAAUACCUCAGCUCUCACAGAGGGACAUGACCAGAGCUUGCAUGAGAUGAUGGACCACCAGAGAGACCAUGAUAAUGCCACCUCGCUUAAGUUUGACAAAAUGGAAGCACGAUUAGACAGACACGAGAAUGACAUGAACCGCGUGACUGGAAACAUUAGCUUUGCCGCACAGAUUCUUGGUGUCAUCAGUUCCGAGCUGAAUGGCCUGAGGUCCUGUGCUGAGACAGUAAUGCAGCACUCUGACCUGUUAGUGGGACUGAAUGGAAGUGUGACACAGGCCAACGCAGACAACAGAGAGCUGCGCGCCCAGCAGGAUGAACUAACAGCCCGGUUGGACAGAGAAGUCAACAACUUGUCCAUGGUGAUGGAGGAGAUGAAGCUAGUGGACAGCAAGCACACACAGCUUAUCACCAACUUUACCAUCCUACAAGGCCCACCAGGUCCAAGAGGGCCCAGAGGUGAUAGGGGUCCUCAGGGGCCAAUGGGCCAAACGGGACAAAAGGGUGAUAAAGGAGACAAAGGAAUGCCAGGAUUGGUCGGACCUAAAGGAGAACAAGGUGCAGCCGGACCACCAGGCGCAGCAGGUCCAAAAGGUUCAGUUGGGGCUCGAGGUCUUGUAGGACCUAAAGGAUCAAGAGGGCCUAGUGGUCGACCUGGAAACCCUGGUGAGAAAGGUGACCCUGGGGUUCCAGGGCCUCCUGGGACGGAUGGACCUUCCGGAAUGCCAGGACCGCCCGGGCCACAAGGGCCCAGAGGAGCAGCUGGACCUUCAGGUAUGGAAGGACCCCGUGGGCCUAUUGGACCCAUGGGCCCUCCAGGUCCUCCCGGUCUCCCAGGACUUCCUGGAACUCCCAUAUUUGUAAAGCCACCUCAGCCCACUCAGCCCCGUCCAGUCACUCAACCUCCCAAACCAUCUCAACCUUCUAAACAAGUACAGGAACCACAGGGCUCUGUGUUGGUCCAGCCUCCUGUUGCCACAAGUCCAAAGCCUGGUUGUCCACGUGAAUUCAGAAACUUUGGAGACAGCUGCUAUUACUUUUCUUCUGGUUCACAGAGGCUCAACUUUGAUGACGCCAACCAGUUUUGUACUAAUCGUUCAGCUCAUAUGCUCAUUAUCAAUAACAGUGAAGAACAGCAAUUUGUAAAAAAAGCCAUCACAGGAAAAGGAUAUUUCUGGCUUGGACUGAGUGACAGAGAGGAGGAAAAUGUCUGGAAGUGGGUAGAUGGAACCAUACCAGUUUUCACGAAGUGGAAGCCUGGCCAACCUGAUAACUGGAAGCAUGGUCACGAAGACGGCGAGGACUGUGCUGGCCUUAUCCAUGAGGCCAACUGGAAUGACUUUUACUGCACUGACCGCAUUGGUUUCAUCUGUGAACAUGCCUUUGACAUGAAAGUUCCAGUUUUAUAGCAUCCAUCUAAGAAGUAGUGAUCAGUCUCCUUUCAGGAGAAAGGUGAAGAGGUUGAAGAGGUCACUAUAACGAGGGCCAUGCGGAGGAGCGCUACGUGACUAGAAGACUCUGAUAAAGCCAGCCCAGUGGAGCAUCACUGACACUUAGACUUUUAUUUGUCUUUAAAGGCACUUUACAACAUAAUACCGUGCAAAAGGCAGAGCAAACACAGAGCCAUUCCACUGUUGUAUUAAUUUAGAUUUUGUACUGAAAAAAUAUGAGCAUCUUCAUUUAUUUAGGCUGAUGCAGCCACAGUUGUACAUGUGUAUCUGUAAAUAAUAUUUUACAAAUGACAAUUAGUUGGUUGGAACUGAAUUUGAUAUUGUUUGAUUUGUUCAGUUACUCAGUCUUUACACAUUUAAACUGUCAGAGUAUACUUCAAAUCUUUGUAUCCGAUAAAAUACUCCACAGAAUCAUAGAAUUAUCAUUUGUUUACAAGCAAGUUCCCACAACCAUGGUGAGCAACCACUUGUCAUCAUUGCCCAAUAAAUACCUGUAACCUAACAAAAAGAAAGAAAAGUAGAGUAAAUUUUUUCAGUGCUUUUUUGGAGGUUGGGGGAGAAUUGAUUGCUGAUGUGAGCAGUGUUGCUGCCUUACAAAGGACUGUAUUUCUUGGACUUUGACCUGCCAGUAUUAUCUUAAUCUGAUAUAUACAUGAUCCAUAUGCACAUGGUUUGUAAUGUAUCCAUUAUCAGAUGAUUUCUUCAUUAUGCCAAAUGCAAUAUGCGAAACAUUAUAAUUUGUAUAAUCAAUUUUUUUUGUUGAUCUUAUGGACUGAAUAGCAAUGUUUAAUCCAGUUUAAGGUUCAUCUGUGAGUUCAUUCAAUCACCACAUUCCGAUGGAUCGGGUCAGAAUGCUUAACACAAUAAAAUUGGGAAAAAA